UUGCCCGGCUGGCGUGGGGUUUGUUUGGCAACAGCAGGUGGGGGCGAGGGGUUAGCAGGCGGACUGACUGCGCGCAGGAGUUUCCGAUGCCCGUGAAUUUCCACGGCGGCAGCUGCUCGCUGUCAACACCAGUGGUCCUGUGAAAUUUGCAAAUAAGAGGGAUGCCUGGGCUGUUUCCACCCGAGGACAGUUAGCAGGUGAUGUGUCUCGAGGGGAGUCAGUCACUGUGGAAAGUUACCAAAGCCUUUGGGAGUUAUUGCCUGUGUUUGCAGGUUUGGAAAGGCCUUUUAAAGCAAUGGCGCUGAUGAAGAGCGGCUGGCUUUGGAGACAGAGUUCCAUUUUGCGACGCUGGAAAAGGAAUUGGUUUGUUCUGUGGCUAGACGGUGGCCUUGUAUAUUACCAGGAUGAGACCCAGCGUGACCUGGAGGGCAGGAUCCACAUCAAAUUUAACUGCCGGGACAUAAAGACUGGCCGCGAAUGCAGAGAUGUGCAGCCCCCGGAAGGGAAGAGCCGAGAUUGCCUGAUGACGAUUGUGCUGCGAGAUGGCUCCAAAGUGACCCUGUGUGCAGAGAGUGAGGACGACGCCGUCGCCUGGAAGAUGGCAGUGCUGGAGGCGAAAAACACCCCGGUCCAUAUGUACGACCCAUAUGACGACUAUUACCAGACAGUGCCCUUGGAUUCCCACCAGACCAUGUAUGUCAGCUCGGGAUACUACGGCACCCAGUACGGAGGGCUGCGGGAACAACGGCGUCCCUGGGCGCCCUCCUCCAUGUUCACCCUGCAUCUCCUUUUGUCUUUGCCCCUCAGCGCCUGGAGUGACUCACGUGAUUGUCCGCGAGGACCCCUACCGCGUGUCAGGAGACCAUAUGGCUUUGGGCCUGCUGGCCGGCGCCGCCACCGGGGCCGCCCUGGGAUCCUUCAUGUGGAUGCCGUGCUGGUUCUAAGAACUCGCUCGCCCGCGGGACGCCUCUGGACCAAGCGCUGACCGAGAAGUUUGGGUUCCCUCCAGGCGGCCUGCGAGGCGAUGCCCUAGAACGUAGAUCGUUGUAAGGUUCCCCUCCCAUCCCCGAUGAGUCCGCACUUUGCUUGGCGUGCCUGACUAGGCGCAUUGGUGGCAUAAAUUUUCCUUUGCCUCCUAA